UUUGCUACUGGUCUAGUAGGUACCAAAUCUCCGUACAGCAAGACUGCACGUGCUUUUAGUGAUAGACAUGUAUCAGGCGGUUCCUCUACCGGUUCUGCCAGAGUCGUUGCUGAUGGGAUUGUACCCAUUGCUCUAGGUACCGACACGGCUGGUUCUGGACGUGUUCCUGCCGCCUUAAAUAAUUUAAUCGGUUUAAAACCUACUCGUGGUGUUUUUUUAUGUCAAGGUGUUGUUCCUACCUGUAAAUCUUUAGACUGUAUAUCCAUAUUUGCUUUGAAUUUAUCAGGUGCAGAAACCUGUUUCAAAAUUUUAUGUCAACCUGAUCUUCACAACAAUGAAUAUUCAAGGAUAUACCCCUCUAAUCCAUUACAAAAAUAUAGCAAAGAUUUGACAAUUGUAAUUCCAAAGGUAUUACCAUGGUAG